AUGGACGACAGCCGCGAGGAAGGCGGGGGCAACAGCCCUGGCAAGACCGCAGCCCGCGCUGUGGAGCCACGCAACCACACACCAGGCUUCACGCAAGAUGAGGCCGUUGGGAAAAUCUUUGAAGCAGGCACGGAGAAGCGACCGGCUGUGUCGCAGGGCGGACCGGACAUGGGGGCGGCAAACCAGGGAACGAGGGAGACAGCUGGCACGCCAGAAGGGGUAGCGGGAAAGGGGACCAAGGGCUCAAGCCUAGUUACGAGAACUGGCAGCGGGCUGGCCGCUUCACCCUCGGAGGGCAAGACGGGGAGGGAAGCCGCAAACCCGUACCCCAGGCGCCCGGCCAAGGGGAGAGAGAUGAGCGCACAAGAUAGGAGGCAGCCGCGGACAGCGGUGGAUCUAUCAGAGGAGAUGGGAAAAGGGGGGACGAGAGAGACAAAACAAGUAAGUACUGCAAAGGCAACCGCGGGAUUAGGGGCCAGGGCCAAAUGGCGACGGAUAGCGGGGACAAAAUGGAGGAGGGCCAGGUUAGCAAGGAUGGUGCUGCGGCCGCGCGGGCAGCGCCGGCAACGCGACUGCCACAAGGCAGGGAGGCCGGGAGUGUCACGAGCAGCUCCCGGCCGCCCGACGUGCUAGGGUUCAUGCGCAGCAUCCUGGCGCCAGAGAAGAUAAGACGAGCCUUGGCGGAGGCCAGGUCGGGGCGCAAGGGCGCAGAGGACCAAGCGACGGCUGGGCAGACACCCUGAGGAGAGGGCGGAUCUGCGCAGACAGGAGAAAGAACAGAGAAACGUGAUCAUACGGCCGCGACGGCAACGACCGUGCAGAACGGAACAGCUCCUGGCAAGAGUUUUGCCGCAGUGGCAUCAGUAGGGACGAGGCAGUCUCUUCAUCAUGUAGGAGGCACGACUGCAACCUCUUGCGGCGCAAGCAAGAAGGGGUAUCAGCACCUCGACCAGACCACUUACCUCCGGCUGAUUGAAGCGGGAGGGGCGCCUGGCAACCAGGGCGGUGCCACGACAGCUUUUGCCGACCUGCUGGCGGCCCGUUCCAGCCAGAAGGUGAGCCAUAGCUUCCUGCCAAUGGAUACGGUGAGGGUGACGGUGCCUUUCGUCACGCCCCAGGAGAAGGGCAAACUCCUGGAGGCCAUUGACAGAGCUUUCGCUUGCGAGGUCAAUGGGCAUCCUGCGGAAGUGAGAGGAGUAGCAGAGGUCAGCAGGCGGAUCAGAAGACACCUUUUGGACAUCCUGCGCCACCCAGACGAUCUCCCGGAGUCGACGAUGGAAGCGCACGUCAGGCUGGUCCCAGAAGCACAAGCAGGCUUCAUGGCUGGAAGGCGCGGAUUGGACAUUGCUCUGCAGCUCAGCCUACUCCUCGACCGCGCAAGAGAGGAGCCGAUCGAAGGAGUGGCAUUAGCGGCACUGGACUGGGCUAAAGCCUACAAGAGGGUCGACUGGGACUGGAUGGAGGCCUGCCUGAAGCACCAGGGAGUGCCGCCAUCCACACUCAAGAGAACCCUCAGCCUGUAUGGAGACUGGGGCAAGCGUCCACCGCGGUCAAGAUAG